AAAUAUGUUUCCCUUGAGUGUAGAAAAUUGAGCAGUGUGAUAUACCCAUCAUUUGUGAGUUUUAUUAAUGAUAUGUGUUUGGUGGAUGUCGUAAUCUGA